ACUAACUGUGGCUGUGCAGACUGAUGGAGUCUGAAGGGUUGUUAUAGGCUCUAAACUUUACAAAAAUAAACAUAUUAAUUACCUUAAAGUAUUUUCACAUAAGUUUCAGUGUUUUGAGGAUUUAAGAAAAUGAUUCGCACGUUUGUUUUGUUAUUUUUGUUGUGUCUGGUUGGUGUGUUUGGUGUUGAGUCACAUGCAGUGUCAGUGAUGGUGGGACAUUCUGUCACUCUGGACUGUAAUAGCUCUGAAAACUUGAUCGAGUGGAGGUUCGACAAAACUCGCAUAGCUAAACUAAUUCAUGGCAGUCCUAUAUAUGAUGAUGAGGCGAGAUUCAGAGACAGACUAAAACUGGACAGAAAUGGAUCUCUCACCAUCACAGAUGCCAGAAUCACAGACACUGGAGUAUAUGAAUUAAGUAUUAUCGCAACCAUGCAUUCAAGCAGAUUCACUGUUACUGUUUAUGGUCCACUAUCCAUUCCUGUCAUCACCAGCAACAUUUCACAAUGUUCAUCAAGCCCAAAAUGUGUGCUGCUGUGUUCAGUGAGGAAUGUGACCAGGGUGACUCUCUCCUGGUACAAAGGGAACAGUUUAUUGUCCAGCAUCAGUGUGUCUGAUCUCGGGAUCAGUCUAUCUCUACCUCUAGAGGUGGAAUAUCAGGAUAACAAAACAUACAGCUGUGUGGUGAGCAAUCCUCUCAGCAACCAGACCAAACACGUCUGCAUUACCGAUCUCUGUCGUUUGUGUUCAGUUUUCUCUUCAGAUGAAGUCCAUGAUUGUGGAGGGACUGAAACUGUGAUCCGAUUGGCUGUCACGGCUCUGGUGGGCCUGGCCGCUGUGGCUGCUUUUAUUGUGUUGGUUUAUGACAUCAGAUCAAGAAGAAGUGAGCAGGAGAGAUAUGAGAGCCACAAUGAUGGAGCUGAUAUUCUAAAACAAGAAUAAACAGUCUGUAUUUUGAAUACUUUUUCUAUGUUUUUCUUUUUGUAAAAUACAAUGAAAGGUAUGAAAUAUAUAUUUUCUCUUUUGGUAGAUGAUUUUUUUUUUUUUUUUCUGAAUCCUGGUUCUAGUUUGGUUAUAAAGAAUGUAAAGAUCCAAGUAGCUUUAUUUGUGUGGUAAAAAAAAAAAAAAAAAAAAGAGUUUGGUAACAUUAAGUAAAAUUCAUUUUAUUAUUUCUCAAAAUAUUUCUGAGCAUUUUAUGAAAGUUGCUGUUACAAUUCCUGUCUCGUUUUCUCUUGUCUUGUGUUUCGGGACUUUUAUUUUGAAUUGUAUUCUUGUUCCUAUUUUUCAUGCUGUUUGUCUGACUGUACAGUGACUGGGUGGGGCGGUAUUGCCAAGUCCGUGGUUUUCCCGCUGAAUUUGGCUACUUUAUACUGUUGCCACUGAUUGUUUUUCAUGUCCACGGGUUGAAGCGACCUCAAAUAACAUGACAUUUAGCCCCUGGAAUGAGAAUUUUACCAAAGAACCCAGCCAAAAACACGGAUUUUACCCCCCAGAACAUGAUUUUUACUGGGGGACCCCCUGAAACACAAUUGGGCUAGUUUUGAGUAGCAAUUGGGUGGGUUUUGUUGUGAAAACCUGGCAACCCUGGGAAGGGGGACAUGUUCGGUUCACUUACUUUUGUCAUGGCCAUGACAUAUUAAAGGGUUAGUUCACCCCAAAAUUAAAAUAAUGUAAUUUAUUACUCACCCUCAUGUCGUUCUACACAAGAAGACUUUCGUUCAUCUUCGGAACAC